UAAAAAUUUAAAAUGUCGACAUCCGAAGAAUCAUCACAUCGAAUAAAUCAUAAUAGUGACAGUUUAUUACUUCGACUAGACGAUUCAGGUGUGGCAACAAGUGCUGAUCUACCAAGUGGUCUAGAAGAAGAGGAUAUCGAAUUUGAUCCACGACCAGUAUCAUCCUCGUCAUCUCUUGAAUAUAAUCAACGAUAUUCAGCUAAUACUGAACCACCUGGUGAAUUUGAAGAUGAGGAUGAAGAAGAUGUCGAUGGUUUGCAUCAACACGUUUCACAAAAUGGUUUAAAUUACCAUGAUAGCAACGAUAAUGAAGAACAGUAUCAUCGACAUCGCCGGCAUCAUCGACAUCGAAGUCACGGUAGUAAUACAACAGUUGGUAGUAAUUUAACAUUUAAACAUGCAGCACAUUGUACAGCGAAUACAAUACGACAACAUUAUUACCCAGAGGGUGGUUGGGGUUGGAUAAUUGUGUUUGUGGCAAUGAUUGUGCAAAUUUUAACACAUGGAUUACAUUUAGCGUGGGGUGUUUUGUUAAUUGAAACGUUAAAAAAAUUCCCGAAAGCUAGUUAUGUGGAUACAGGAUGGCUGGGUGCAUUAUCGACAGGUGUUGCGUUACUCGUAUCACCAGUCACAAUUGCAUUUUGUCGGCGUAAGUCAACGCGGCUAACAGCAGUUAUGGGUGGACUUGUAACAGCACUUGGAUGUUUAUUUACAUCAUUUGCAUCACAAUUCCAUCAAUUAUUCUUCAGUUAUGGAACGGUUGUUGGUGUGGGUGUUGGAAUGACACGUGAUUGUUCAACAUUGAUGGUUGCUCAAUAUUUUAAGCGACGCCGUGAAUUUGUUGAAAUUUUUAUUGUAUCUGGGAGUGGCUUAGGAAUUGCGAUUAUGUCUGCUUUUAUUAAAGGUGCUAUUAGUGCAAUUGGAUGGCGUUUUGGUUUACAAGUAAUAACAGUGGCUGUAUUUUUCACAUUUUUUCUGGGUACAUUUUAUCGUUCCGCGUCAUUGUAUCACCCACAACGUCGUGCAAUAUUACAUUUAAAAAAUCAAAAACGUAAAAUUAAGGAUAAGAAUAAAGUUGAUGAUCGACCACCAUUCUUUGAUUUUAGUACGCUACGUAGUAAAACUGUACGAAUAUUACUAAUGUCAACAGGUAUUAGUGCAUUUGGUAUUAAUACGCCGAUAUUUUAUUUGGCACAUCAAGCUGAAGAGGAAGGCUUAGGUGAUACAGCAGUAUUGUUACAAACGUAUUUAGGAUUAGCGUGGACUUUAGGGUGUGCAGCAUUUGGUAUAUUGGUUGUACAUAAUAAUGUGGAAUGUCGAAUUGCGAGGCAAUAUUUAUGUCAAGCAGCUGUAUUUAUGUGUGGUUUAAGCAUAUUAGCAUUAACUGCUGUGAAGGGGAACUAUCAUGGAUAUGUGAUGUUUGCAUGGAUUUAUGGUAUAUUUUGUGGAGGAUAUCAUUAUUCUUUGAAAAUGUAUACCUAUGAGAGGGUCCGUGCCAGAAAUUUUGCAAGAACUUGGGGCUUUGUGCAAUGUUCUCAAGCCAUACCUAUUGCAAUCGGUGUACCUAUAUCAGGUUACAUAAAUGUCGGUUGCGGCGGCAAAGCUGGAUAUUACUUUAGCUCAACUUGUGUUUUAGUUGGAAGUUUAGCUUUAUUUCUGAUUGACUUACAUCGUCGUAACUUAUCACGCCACAAACAUACACGCGCAAACGGUACUAAACAUUUAUGCGUAUCAGAUAAUUGUCCACAAAGACGUCGAUUAUCUUUCACUCAAGAACCAGAUAACGAUGGUUUGGCUGGUGCUCCUGGAGCAACUGCAGCAGCUGCUUUAAUUGUCGGUAACGAUUUAGAUGGGCACCACCAUCCUGCAGAUGGAUAUAUUGAUACAAUUGCAAUUACCGACAAACCUGAACUGACUUGUAUAUCAGAGGAGGGUAUUGCCGACAUGGAUCUUCCAGAUAACAUAUUAGAUGACUUAGACUAUAUCGGAGAUUGUAUCACGUCAUGUAAUAAAGUUGAAAAUUAUUUAAUGUUAAGUGAAUUCGAAAAUAAUUUAAUAGCAGAAAUGCCAGUGAUAUUGGAUCGUAAAGGACGUCGAUGGUCUAUUGCAAAGUCGAGGCAAAAUACACAAAUUGGAAAUGCACCUGGUAUACCGGAAGAAGUUGAAGUCGAAGAUCCAAAUGAAACAUCUGUUACAAUGCAUCAACAGCACCAAUCGGCACCGUUAAAUAGUGGACGCCCAACAAGUGGUAAUAACAAAUGGACUAAUAAACCAUCGAAUAAUGCAACAGAAAAAUCUAAUUUUAUUCAACAGCGUACAAUAACUGUUAUAGAUGAAGCAUCAGUUUAA